UGCAUGGGGCCUCCUCCCACUGGCCAGGAGCCUGGGCUGGGCAGAAUUGUGGUGAUGUGGCCUGAUAGUGAUGAUACUGGAGACGCAGGAUAUCUAGACGGAAGUUUUGAGUAUAGCUUCGUCGGUGUUUCUUCCCACCCAAGGUGGCGCAAUGUUUGGGGAAACUAAUGAAGACUGCCACAGGGCACCCAACCUCUGGGAGAUCCCAGGCUGAGCUACAUAAAGGGCCUACUUUGUGCCCAGACGUACAAUCUCACUAAUUUCCUCCUCCGUGAUCAUCCUCAGCUCUAGUAAGUCUGCACCUGUCUCUGUUCUUUCCUAGGAGUCAUGCCUGGUGCCCACCUGGUCUGGUGCCUGUAGCUGUGGGGGAAUACUAACCUGGCCUGGAAGUCAGUAUGGGUGGGUUCUGCAACUAAUAGAGUGGGACCUUGUGCUUGUCCUGGCAAAUCCUAUAUCCCUUCUUCUCCACCGGUCUCAGUUGGCUUGGCUAGAUGAUCUUGUUAUUCCUCUUGGCUCAGUAUUAGGUGCUUUUCUGAGAGCUGUCAGGUAAAAAAUAUCUUCCUUCUGUAGCUCUUGGUUUUCUUUACUCCCUGGUUUCAGUGCACUCUUUUGGCUCAAGGUCUUCCAAAAUAACUCUGGGAAGGUCUUGGAGCCUGGAGAGGUCAGAAUUGGUGGUGGCUGUGUACCGAGGUGGAUUGUUGGGGAAUUAAACUUGGGCCUCCUGUUGGGAAGGUGGGAAUUCUACCACUGUGUUGGAUAGCCAGAAUCCCAGGAUUCUCGAGCUGAUUUCUCAGGCUGGUGGUCCUUCGUAAUUUCCUAGGUGGAAGUGGGGAGAAUGGGGUAGACCAAAGGCUAUGUUUGAUGGGAAUGUCUUGCCUUGGGAUUUGAUGCUUCUCUUUGUUAUCUUGCUCCCAACUGGGUGAGCCGGAAGACAUCGUAUACCCAUCCCCUGCAGGUCAGCCCCUGCCCCUCACUAACACAGCCUUGAUCUCCACUGUUCCCCUCCCUCUCCUCUCAGACUCCGAUAGGAAUGGUGUCAGGACCGAGGACUCAGCUCCACUCUCUCCUCCCUGAGACCAAUUUACCUCACCAUUUGAGAAAGACAAGUUCCUGUUGUUCUGUCUUAUCUCAGUCCUCACUCAUUCCUUAGCCUUGUCCUUCAAACUCUCUUCCACCCAGUUCAUUCUCAUUGAUUUCUUGUCUGUAGACUCUUGUCUUGGAAUAAAAGGCAAGAUGAGCAACAUUGCAGCUGAGAAAGUCAAGAUAUGCCACACUCCAUCUGAGAAUUUGGUACUGAACUUGGUCAAUCUGUUUCAUCGAUACACUGGGUGUGAUGAUAAGAUCAAUAGGGAAAACUUGUUGAAGCUGCUGAGGGAGAACUUCCCCAACUUCCUCAAAGACUGUGAAAGAUGGGGCAAAAAUUACUUAUGCAAUGUCUUUGAUGAAAAAGACAAGAAUAAGGAUAAGAAGAUUGACUUUUCUGAGUUUCUGUCUGUAGUGGGAGACAUAGCCACUGACUACCACAAACAGAGCCAUGGUGCACCGCCCUGUUCCGGGGGAUGCCAGUGAUCCCUGGCCAGUCCAGCCUAGAGGCCUCCAGAGACCCCCAAAACAAUAAAGUAUCUCCUUGCACCUGACACUUGGUAUUACUUCUUCCUUCUUUUUCGUGGUAUGAGUGGACAAAUGGACAAAUACUGACUCUCGGCUUUGUAGACUUUCUACAAGGGGGUUCAACCCAGCUGACAUUUCCUCCAGACAGGCCUUCCUGGUCUUUCGCCAGGCCCACUUCUGCUCCUCAGGGCCCCAAUGUAGCCCAACUGGUGGCAUAGCAGGAGGGCCCUGCUAGUAUGGCACAUGCUCUUUUUUCUCCUGGGAUAGAGCUGGGAUCCUGGGGUGUCCCUUUGUCUCCCAAGUGGUGCCUGUCUGUGCUUGAGUGUAUAGGGGGUGGGGCAUCUCAGGUGUGGCACUGAGAUGUCCAUCACCCAUCUGGCUGUUUAGGAAAGAGCAAGGAGGAGGAGCAGAUGCUUUAUUUCCUAGUCCUUCAGUGAAGUUGCUUUUAAGAGCCAUGGAGGAGUUGGAUCUCUCCUCUGAGGUCAAAAGUACAUCCUGGGCCAAAGUCAUGCCUUCCCCUUGAGCCUGAGCGCCAGUGGGCAUUUUCUUUAUUUGUCACUAUCGUGAAUGGGAAGAGGCAGCCGGAUCCUGAGAAGCAGCUCUGCCUCCAAAAGUCCAUGGAUUUGAUUUUUUUGUGCUUGUGUGUGUUAAUCUGCUGAAGGUGUGUGUGUUUGUGUGUGUUUAUGCGUGUGUGUGUGUGUGAAUGAGUGGGUGCUUCUGCUCUGAGGUGUUUCUCCUCACUGCGGCAUGAGACAUGUGCACUGUGGAGACAGAAGUGAGGGAACAGUGAAGGUUUGAAGAGCUUGUUGUCUAGUGGGGCAGUCCCACAGGAAGCAGGUGAAAGAAUAGGGCUGGUUAAAGUGCACACUUGUUCUGUGUUCCCUUAUGGGUGCUGGAAGGAGUCUUCCCUCAGUGGGAUACUUGAAAAAAAACUAAUCUUUUGGCCAGAUAAAGUGGGAAAUGAGAAACAAACUCCCAGUGUGGGAUCCUCUGCUUGGGGUCACACACUGCUGGGUACUUAGGACUCAGAAACCAACAUGGCACAGGGGCUGCCUUCCCAGCCCUGGCUCUCUGGAGGACACCAAUCCCCUUGUGACCUCUUCCGUGGGAUGGCAGGGUCUGCUCACUCUUGGCUUGCUCAAGCCUGAAAGAGACAGGAGGCAGGAGGGGUCAGUAUUCACUUCCAUCCCCAGUGCUACAUCCAGGCCAUGUCCCCUACAUCUCCUCCUUGAGGUUCACUCCAUCUCAUUCCUUCACUCCUAUCUGCUUGGUCACAGUGGCCUAUUAACCUAUUGGUCACGCCCAUCUUUCAACCUGACCUGCUGUUCCCUUCUCUAUCCCACCCACAGGAUAUGCUUGAGAUAAGAUAAUAAUCCUUUACUAAUUAACUAACUAACAAGUCCCUCCUCACCUAUUCCUCCUCUCUACUUGGGGUCCCCUUCCACUCUGGGAUUUGUCACAAAUUGGCUGCACUCCUUUCUGACAUUCUCCUCUCCACCUACUUCUGCUUAGCCUUUCUGUUCCUUCUCUCCCUCGCUUUCAUUUCCCCUACUUUUCAAACAAAUCAGGACCUUGGGUCUCUAAGCCUCUUCUUCUUCUCUCUUCCUGUCAACCUUGGCUGGUGUCACCUCCUUCCCUCAGCCUACCCUCCAUGAUCCACCACCACAACUCAACUUCGCUUUUAUCUUUUCUUGACCCACACCUGUUUUGUA